AUGUUUGGGCUCGCUGCAUGUACGGGCUCGAUGUCAGGUGUUGUAGCAGAAGCUGUAGAAGUGAGAGAUAAUGGAGGCGCCCUAGGAGACCUGCUUGGGGCUGCAUCAAGCACAGCUGAAACUAUUACCGAAGUCCCAUCAGGUAUGGACAAGGCCGCAGCAGCUACUGUGGGAGACCCCGUAGUGGGGAGUGCAGUGGGAGAUGAGGGUGGUCAAUUUAACGUGUUUGUCAAAAGCAAUCAAUGGGUUCGCCUUCACUUCGGUUCUCUUAGUAUUUCGGCUUGCGUUGGAUAG